AUGGCAUCGCCCGUGGAGAAGAAAGAGAACAUACCUGCUGAUUUUAUUCAAUGUGUGCAAAAAUUGCUAUCAUCUAUAUCCGCUUUAAGUAAACAUCUGCAUGUCCUGACAAUUCAAAAGGAAGCGACGGAAUCAAAUGAAGAAUUAACAACUAAACUUCAAGCAAUUAAAGACGCUAUUAAUAGUCUUGCGCCAGCCGUUCGUACAGCAAAACAACUUGGAUCUGCGACCCCAUUAGUUGAACGUUUGUCACACGAUUAUUCACGUCUUUGCGACGAUUAUAAAAAACAUUAUAGUGUUAAGAUGGCUGAAACACGCCCUUUCGCUGAAUACAAACAAUAUAUAGAACGUUUGUCAACAUGGUUGACCUCGACCAAUGCUAAUAUUCAUGAAGUUUUACAAUCAGUUAAUAAACAACGAGCAUUACUUAUUGUCAAGAAUCUUGAUGAAUUAAGCAAAUACAAAUCGUUAUUAGAACGUGCAACAAUAUUAAAUCUUACAAUGGCUGCUGAUUUACCAGAUGAACAAGCAACAAAAAUGACAAAUGAAAUAGCUGAUGUUAAAGAACAAUGGAGAGUUCUUAUCGAAGGAUUAAAUACACUUAAAGAAAGACAUGCAUCACGCUAUGCGUCACCUGAACGAACUCGUGAAGAAGAUCGUUUAACAAAACAAAAUGAAAAUCUUGUGCAUUAUAUUGAAAGUUGGUUUACAUUGGCAAGAGAACUGAUUCAUCAGCAAAAACAAUUUAUGAUGCGCGAGCACGGUAUGAUCGAGGAUCAAAGAUGCUUCCUCGACUCAUUGAUUUCAUCUGAUAAUGAAAUCAACGAACAUAGUCUUCUUUGUCAACUUAAAGAAUGUGAACAAGAAAUAAAUCGAUUAAGGACUUUACUCGAUGAAAAUUGCCGAACAUUGAAAACGGAUGAUAUGACGACAGGCGAAGUCACUCGUUCGUUAACGGAUGAAUUGACAGAAAUCUCAAAAUGUAUAACAGCAGCACGUAUUGAGUUAGAAAAUCGUAUUGAACAACAGCAUGGAUUUCUUCGCGAAUUAGAUUCACUAAAUAAUUGGGUAACAAACUUCAUAAACGAAUCAAAAGCAACAGAUGAACAAACGAUUAAAUUAGCUGUCAUCGAGCGACAACAACAUUUCGAUGAAUUAAUUAAAUAUUGUCAUGCCAAUAAUCAUGAAGUUAAAGAAAAGCUUAAAAACUUAAUUAAAAUGUGGAAUCAAUUAACAUCAAUGAUCAAUGAUUCUCCAACAACAGCGACUAUUGAAUUAUCGAAGUCACCACCAAUAGUACCGUUAGAAUCAUCACUAUCUGAGAAACAACGACAAGCCAAACUAAUUGACGAAGCUACAAAACUACUAAAUACAACUAUACAAUUGGGUAAUCUUCAAGCUAUUGAACAGCAUCAAAACAACAUAGCAUCAUUGUUAACCAAUAUUAAAAUAGGCCAAUUUAAUGAUCAAUUUGAAACAACUUCGAGCUGGAUAUUAUAUCUACCUGAAUCACUACGUGAUGAGAUUGCAACUCGACAGUCGAUACUAAAACAAAUGUUAAUCGAUACAACACGUAUUGAUCAGCUUCGUGUUAAUUUCGUUUCGCAUUUUAGUAGUGAAAAUAAUACAACAGAAACUAAUGAAGUAAUCGAUAUUAUUGAUAAUUAUCCAAAAGAAAUGACUUCUGAUAUACGACAAUGGCUAAAUGAGCAACAACAACAACAAACGCGUAUAACAGCUCCAUUAGCAACUGUUGAUACAUCGAAAAGUAUCGAUGAUUUCGAUGAGUAUCUUAAACAAAUCGAAGAGAAUAUUAGUUCUUAUAAACAGAAUGAAACUAAUGAAUCGAAAUUAAAGACAAUUCUUCAAUUAAUUGAAGAACGACCUAAUUUACCGGAAAAUUUAAAUACUGAUGAUCAAGAACGCGUAGAAAAUUUACAUGAAAGAUUAUUACACGCACAAAAAGAAAUCGAAGAAAUUCGACAAAAGAAUUCUUCAUUUAUUAAUACGGAACAAAUUAUUACUAACACUGAUCUAUUAAUUCGACGCUUACGAGAUACGGAAGAACAAAUCCGAGCUAAUGUUUUACAACCAAUUAAUGAUUAUGGAAGGCUUAUGACCGAUUGUCAGCGUAUUAUUACCGAACUCGAUCAAAAUCUUCGUCCACAUGUUGAACAAGUAAUCAAUACAGGCAAACGUCUCUAUUCAUCGGACAAUAACAAAGAUAGUAGUGGUGUCGAAAGUGCUGACGAUACUGGAGGUGGAAAUUUUGAUUUAUUAUCAUCGUCACCAUCACCUCCAUUAAAGAAAUAUUCCGAUUUAACAUUUCGUAAAGUUCGUCGACAUGUUCUUCAACUAAAUCAACGUUGGAAAAAUGCUAAUUCUAACGUACGACAGCGUUUAAAAACUUUACAACGUGUUCAAACGACCGUCGAAGAACUACGCCGUAAGUGUGAUCAAUUACAUGCACACUUGCUCGAUAUCGAACUUGCUCAUGUUCAACAGCCACAAAUACGCUCAAUAAACAGCGAACAAGUACCAGUGGAAAUCGAAGAGACUAAACAUCUUCUUUCAACUCUGAUGUCAUGUAAAACAUCUAUUGAUGAUAUUCAACAAUUAUCACAAACAAUUGAAAACGAUUAUGGCAUUAAUACAAUAAAUCAUGUACAUGAACUUAAUCAAAGGUGGGAACAUUCAGUACAAUCAGUUUCACAACGAAUACAAUUAUUACAAGAUUCAGUAAGAAAUACUGAGAGCGAUAUUUAUUCAAAAUCAGUUGAAUAUCCUUGGCAACGUUCUGUAGCUUUUAAUAAAGUACCAUAUUUUAUCAAUCAUUCCGAUCAAACAACAUCCUGGGAUCAUCCAAAAAUGCUCGAAUUAAUGCGUUCAUUUUCAAGUUUCAAUGAUAUUCGCUUUUCUGCAUAUCGUACAGCAAUGAAACUUCGCACAUUACAGAAACGUCUUUGUCUUGAUUUAACAUCUCUCAGUGACAUUAUAAGUGUGUUCGAAGAACAUCAAACAAUCGAUUCACCGAAUAAAAAUAUUGAUAAAUAUAUAGAUAUAACAGAGAUUCUUUAUUAUUUACAAUCAAUAUUUGAAAAAACAUCCAAUGAAUAUCCACAAUUAGUUAAUGUUACACUCACUGUUGAUUUAGCUCUUAAUUGGUUAUUAAAUAUUUACGACCUAAACCGAACUGGUUCAAUUCGUUUAUUAGCAAUGAAAAUGGCAUUGGCUCUACUUUGCAGAGGAAAUAUUGAAGAAAAAUAUCGAUAUGUAUUCUCAUUAGUGGCAUAUACACCGACGGAUAACGAUGCUUGUGAUGUUGUCGAUCGACAACGUUUGUCCAUUCUAUUUCAACAAGCAAUAGUUAUCCCCAAACAACUCGGUGAAAUAGCUGCAUUUGGUGGAUCAAGUGUUGAGCCAAGUGUUAAAAGUUGUUUUGACUAUAUACAUAAUCCCGAUGUAUUAACAGCUAAUGAUUUUCUUGAAUGGGUUAAAUUAGAACCACAAUCAUUGGUAUGGCUGCCUGUUAUGCAUCGAUUAGCAGCAAGUGAAGCUGCUAAACAUGAAGCCCGUUGUAGUAUAUGUAAACUUUAUCCCAUACUUGGUUUUCGUUAUCGUUCAUUAAAACAUUUUAAUUGCGACAUAUGUCAAAAUUGUUUCUUUUCUGGGAAACAAACCAAAAUUUUUAAAAUGGAUGAUCCCUUACAAGAAUAUUAUACCGAAACAACAUCGUCAGAAGAUAUUCGAGAUUUCUUUCGUAUAUUUAAAAAUAAAUUAUGGAGUAAACAUCGAAAACAUCCCAAACUUGGGUAUUUACCAUUACCACAUGUUUUCGAUAAUAAUAUUCCAGUGACAUCUCAACCAAUAUCUUCUCCUGUACUAGUUCCUGCUUUAGCAACACCAUUCAAACCUGUCGUAGUAGCUGUUCAACCGCUACCUUCAUCCGUUGAAUCUGAUGAACAUGGUAUCAUUGCGCAGCAUUGCCGAACGUUGAACAAUUUGGUGCGAGCAUCGCCUCGUGCUGCAGCACAUGAUAUUUUAACACGUUCUCGUUCGCUUGAUCCCGAACAACGUAAUGAAUUAGAAGCAAUAAUUCGUGAUCUCGAAGAUGAAAAUCACUUAUUACAAAAUGAAUAUGAACGUCUAUGUCAACAACACAUGGAAAAAUCUUUGAUUAUGAAUGAUCGACAGAAUCAAUUUCAUCAAAGUGAUAGUCAAUUAGGUUCAUUGUCACAAAUAAAUGAUUACAAUUCAAGCGACCGAGAAAUGUUACGCGAAGCAAAACAAUUACGUCAUCAUAAAACAAAAUUAGAACAACGUAUGAAGAUACUUGAAGAACAUAAUAAACAGCUUGAAAAACAAUUAAGAAAAUCGAAACAAUUACUACUUCGAGAAUCGCCUUUAUUACAUCAUCAUACAAGCAAUACUAGUAUGAAUGAACAUCGUUCAACAACGAUAUCAAGUCCAUUACAUAGUUCAACAUCAGGUUUAAGACGUUCAAUGGACAGAAAUCUUGAAAGACAAUCAAAUUUGAUAACAAUUGAUAAUCUAUUUCAUAUGGCUGAUGAUAUAAAUCGUGCUGUUGGUGAUCUUGUAUCUGUUAUAACCGAGCCGCAAUCAAACGGUUCGCCAUCGUUUUAUCAACAGAUCGAAACUACAGUUGCGUCUUGA